AUGGCGAAUCCACAUGAACCUCAUUUCUUUAAGCCGCUGCUUCCUGGUUUCCAGAGUGGCGUCACAAUACCACUUGCCUUCUUCUCAAAGCACAUAGAAGGGAAGACGAACCAUAAAACAUGGAAACUAAUAUCAGACGCUUCAGAUCAAACUUGGGAAGUGAUACAAGAAGGCAGGACACUCACCAGAGGAGACAUGGUGUUUCAUGUGACUCCUUUUGGUCCUAGCUGUUGUGAGAUUCAGUAUACACAUCCUCACAUCAUCAAGGAAGAAGCCGACUCCGGUGAUGCUGAUGACAAUGAGAUUAGAGGAACAGGGGCAAUGUCUUCUUUCUCAUACAACUUCUGUUUUUUGGCUGAGGUCACUGCUUCAAAUCUAAAAGCAGACAAACUUUAUCUUCCUAAGCGAGCUACGAGUUCUACUGCUUUGAACAAACAAUGCCAAGAGAUGAUACUAGUGAACAAAGAGGGAAACUCAUGGACUGCGAGUUUGCGAUUUAGCGAAUCAGGCGGCAUGUAUUACAUCACAAGGGGCUGGGGAAAGUUCUGUCGUGAUAACAGAUGCGACAUAGGAGACUUAUUUGUCUUCAAUCUGGUUGGAGAUGGGAAAACUACUCCCUUGUUGUGUGUAUGCCCGGAAAGUAAAGAGUGUUCUGAACUACUGAGCAAACACUUGAGCAGAAAGCGUGGCGACAUUGCUUCAAGCUCACGGGUGAAUUAG